AUGGCAGGUGUGAUGCUCCUGGGGCUUGCCCUGAGCACUGGGGCUGCUGGGGCCAAGUUAGAAGGAAGCCACCUCUGCUUAAGGAGCCAAGUGUUGUUCAGAGACACUUGCUACGAGUUCGUGCCGCUGGGGCACACCUUCCACAGUGCCCAGAGCUGGUGUGAAGGGCACGGAGGCCAUCUGGUCUUCAUUCGAGAUGAAGACACCCAGCAGCUCCUGCAGAAGCAUAUUACCCAGGACCGAGACUGGUGGAUUGGACUCACAGGAACCUCGGCCCCCAAUGAGACUGUGGGAGGCUCUGGGACCUGGCUCGACACUACAAAUGUGAACUAUAGCAACUGGCAUGGAGGGCAGGUCACACCCGCCCCGGGGACCUGUGGCUACAUCAGGAGUGGCCCUGCGUCUCAGUGGGCUGCCUUGGGGGACUGCACCCAGGCCUUUGCCUUCAUCUGCGAGUUCGGGGUCGGCCGCAGCCUGGCCUGUGAGGGCCACAACGCCACCAUGCACUGUGGCUCGGGAGAGGUCAUCCAGGUCCAGGAGGCUUUCUAUGGGCGCCAGACCCCCUAUUUUUGCACCCAGGGCAUCUGGCCUCCCUCAGAUCUGGAGGGGGAAUGUGGCUGGGUCAGCGUCAAGGAUGAGGUGGCAGGCCAGUGCCAGGGGCUGCAGGCAUGCCAGGUAGCAGCAGAUGGGACCUACUUUGGAGAUCCGUGCCCGACCAGGAGCAGCUACCUGUGGGUCCAGUACCAGUGUCUGGAAGGCCUGCGGCUGGUGGUGCCCAAUGGGAGCUUCGUCUUGGACAACGUCACCGUCUCCCUGACGUGGCUCCUUUCUCCCUACACUGGAAACUUGUCCUGCGUCCUCAGCAUGGGGGAUGGCCACACUUUUGACCCUUACUACCCUUCCAGCAACGUGACCCACCAGUUCACCUCUCCUGGGGAGUUCACCGUGUUCGCUGAGUGUACUACCAGUGAGUGGCACGUGACCGCUCAGAAACAAGUGACGCUGCGAGACAAGAUGGAGACGCCCCAUAUCACUGGGUGUGCUGGCCGCUCUGGAUCUGGAGCCAGCCUUCUCUGUCAGGCAGUCUUUGGGGAACCUCUGUGGAUUCAGGUGGAUCUGGAGGGAGGAGCCGGGGUGACUUACGCUGUGCUUUCGGGUAAUAUAACUCUGGCUGAAUUCACCACCGAGCAUGGCUUGAGACCCUACAGUCUGACUCUGGACAGAGAAACCCAGGAGCUGCUGGGCCCUGGGAGGCACCACCUGAACAUCCGAGCUGUUGGCAACAGUACCGCCUCCGCCCCCUCCGGAAACAUCACGGUCCACUUCCUGGAGCUGCUGUCAGGGCUGCAGGCCUCCUGGGCUUCUGACCAUGUGGAGCUUGGGUGCGACCUGUUGGUCAAUGUCUCAGUGGCUCGUGGUACCCUGGAGGAGGUGACCUUGGAGGUGGCAGGACUCAAUGCAAACUUCUCCCAGAAGGAAGAGAGUGGUGGACAGUCAUCUGGGACCUACCACGUGGCGAUUCCUGUUGAAGGCAACUUUCUGGUCACCGUGCAUGUGCGGAAUGCUCUCUCAGACUUGAGCUUGGACAUGGGGAGCAUCACAGUCACAGCCCCUUCCAGUCUCCAAGAACCACCUGGAAUGAACGCUGAAGCAAAGAACGGAGACACAGGGGACAUGAAGGUGUUCAUUGAGCCUGAACUGUACGUGGACCCUUUCACAGAAGUCACACUGGGCUGGCCAGAUGACGACCCAGACUUGGGCUUCCACUGGUCCUGUGGACGCUGCUGGGCUCAGUGGAGUGACUGUGUGGAGAGGCAACUGCUCCACACAGACCAAAGGAUGCUGGUGCUCCACACCUCCUGUCUGCCACCGCUCAACUCUGCUGCCACCCUGCACUUGGCUAUCCUGAGGGGCCAGGAACUGGAGAAAGAGACAGAACAAUGCCUCUAUGUGUUUUCUCCCCUGGACCUUGGGCCUCAAAUCAGCUGUGAGAAGAACUGCCAGCCAGUGAAAGCCAACCAAGACGUUCUGCUCACAGUCACUGUGGGAGAUGAAAGCCCAAUGACCAUGUUCAGCUGGUACUUAGAUGAUACCUCAUCAGAGAAGGCUGAGCCCCUCCCCGAUGCCUGCAGACUCAGAGGAUUUUGGUCACGCUCGCUGACUCUCCUUCACCACAAUUCCUCCGUGCUGCUGCUGAACAGCAGCUUCCUGCAGACCUGGGGACCUGUUGUUCGAAUCCGGGUCACAGCACUGACCAACCAUGCCUACGGGGAGGAUACCUACGUGAUCAGCAUGCUACCUCAACCGGAGGUGCCGGCCUGUGCAAUCGUUCCGGAGGAGGGUACUACACUGACAAGCUUCGCUGUCUUCUGCACCGCCUCCACAGCCCCAGGGCCCCUGGAGUACUGCUUCUGUCUGCAGUCAGGUUCCUGCCUCCACUGUGGCCUUGAACUAGCACUCCCUGCUCUGUACCUACCACUUGGGAAAGAGAAGGAUGGUUUCGUCUUGACCGUGGUCAUCUCUGUCACCAAUCAGGCAGGAGACAGAGAGCAGACCCAAGUGGCAGUUAAGGUGGGACAUGGUAACACAGGUAGUGACAAUGUGACAUUCCAAGCUAUUGUGUCAGAGAGAAUCACCGCAGCUCUGCAAGACGAGCAUGGCCAUGAGCAGCUUCUCCUGUUUGCCAAGGCUGUGUCCUCUGAACUUAAUCAGGAGGACCGGAGCCCAGGCUCUGGGCAACUUAGAACAGAUAUCAAGCGGAAGGUACGAGAGCUCGUGCUGAGAUCACUGUCCAUGCUCGCCACUGGCCUGGAGAGCAUGCAGAGGGUGCAGGGUUUGGCUGAGGCUCUGAGAGAAGUGACUCACUGCAGCGAGGAGCUCACCCCUGUGGCCCAGUGGGAGGCCAGCCAGGUCCUGCAGCAUGCCACAGAAGCUCUGUUGACAGCCAGUGCCAAGGUUCAUCCUGAGGAUCAGAGACGCCAGGAAGCCACCAGGGCCAUGUUUCAGGCUGUGGGGAGUGUGCUGGAAGCUUCUCUCAGCCACGGAUCCGAAGAGCCUAUGGAGGCCAACAGCAGCCAGGCUCACAUUGUGGCCCAGCUACUUCAGGUUGUAGACCAUUUGCAGACUGCCCUCCUGCUGGGAACGUUGCCAGGGGGCCUUCCAGCCAUCCUGGUCACCCCCUCCAUCUCUGUGUACACAAACAGAAUACAGCCACGGAGUUGGCAAGGCUCUUCAGUGCACACGGCCACCGCUGACUCUGUGACCUUCAUCCUGCCUGCCGCCGCCUCCCUCUGGCCUAUGGAGGACAGCCAGGAGCCUGUGGACAUAAGGAUGGUGAGUUUCUCACAGAACCCCUUCCUUUCCCGAAGCCGGUUUGAAGUCAGUGGAACUGUUGGUGGACUCCAUCUGACCAGCUCCAGUGGUCAUCCCAUCCCAGUGAAGAACCUGUCGCAGAAUAUCGAGAUCCUGUUGCCCCGGAUUUCAGAACACAGCAGGCCAACGAUGCUGAGCCUGGCCACCCCGGAAGCUCUGUGGGUGAAUAUGACUACAGGGGAGGCAGCUCUGGGGAUACAGCUGCACUGGGGACCUGGAGUCCCACUCACACUCAGCCUGGGCUACGGCUACCAUCCCAAUGAGACCAGCUACGAUGCCCAAACACACCUGCCUCCCGGGGCUGCCACAGGUGAGCUACCCACCUGGAUCCUGGGCCCAGAGGACCUGCCCUUUGGAGAAGGGAUCUACUAUUUGAGGGUGGUCCCCAAGGAUGACCUGGAGUCUGCCUCUGGCAGGAACCUCACAGUUGGCAUUACCACCUUCUUGUCACAUUGUGUAUUCUGGGAUGAAACCCAGGAGACCUGGGACAACGCUGGGUGCCAGGUCGGGCCUCGAACCACCACCUCCCAGACACACUGCCUUUGCAACCACCUUACCUUCUUCGGAAGCACAAUCCUGGUGAUGCCCAAUGCCAUCGACGUCCACCAGACUGCAGAGCUCUUUGCCACCUUCGAGGACAACCCUGUGGUAGUUACCACAGUGGGCUGCCUCUGCGUGGUCUACGUGCUGGUGGUGAUCUGGGCCAGGAGAAAGGACAUACAGGACCAGGGCAAGGUAAAAGUCAUAGUGCUAGAGGACAAUGAGCCCUUUGCCCAGUAUCACUACCUGGUGACAGUCUACACGGGACACCGACGAGGGGCAGCCACAUCUUCGAAGGUGACUCUCACCCUGUAUGGCUCAGACAGAGAGAGUGAGCCCCACCACCUGUCAGACCCUGAUGCUGCGGUCUUUGAGCGAGGAGGGGUGGAUGUCUUUCUCCUGUCCACUCUCUUCCCCCUGGGAGAACUGCAGAGCCUCAGGCUGUGGCAUGACAACUCUGGGGACCGGCCAUCAUGGUAUGUGAGCCAGGUGCUGGUCUAUGACCCUGUGGUGGACCGGAAAUGGUAUUUCCUCUGCAACUCGUGGCUGUCCAUUGAUGUGGGUGACUGUGUCCUCGACAAGGUGUUUCCUGUGGCCACAGAGCAGGACAGGAAGCAGUUUAGCCACCUGUUUUUCACAAAAACCUCCACGGGCUUCCAGGACGGACACAUCUGGUAUUCAGUCUUCUGUCACUCUCCCCGGAGCAGCUUCACACGUGUGCAGAGGGUGUCCUGUUGCUUCUCACUGCUUCUCUGCACCAUGCUGACCAGCAUCAUGUUCUGGGGUGUCCCCAAGGACCCAGCUGAGCAGAAGAUGGACUUGGGCAAAAUUGAGUUCACUUGGCAGGAGGUGAUGAUCGGGCUGGAGAGCUCCAUCCUUGUGUUCCCCAUCAACCUCCUGAUUGUCCAGAUCUUUCGGAAUACCCGGCCUCGGCUCCCCCUGGAGAAGGAUGGGAAACGGGAACAGGGACCCCCCAACCUGACUCCCUUGCCGCAGCCCAUGGAGGAGGGACAUCUGACACCUGAAACAGGUAUAUGGAGUCUCCUCAGCUCACUGUUCAAAGCUCUGAAGGUGCCGCCCCCAGCCUCAGGCUGGGACUCUUUGAACCAGAUGGACAUUAACUACCUCCUGGCCUUAAUGGGAGACCUUGUCUGUCCAGAGGGCACAACAGGACAGGGGUUCUGGGAGGAAGCCAAAGAGAGAGAGGACCCUUUCACCUCCACACAUGGGUCUGUACAACUGAAAGAGAGCACAUGGCACCCCAAGCCCAAGCUGGCGGUGAGUGGGCUUUGGAAGGACAGCAUCUCCAGGCAGUGUCUCUACCUUCAACUGGAGCAUGUGGAGAGGGAGCUGCGGCUGGUGGGGCCCCAAGGCUUCCUGCAUCACCAUAGUCAUGCCCAGGCCCUCAAGCAGCUGCGUGUCCUGAAGGGCCACCUCUGGGGACAGCCUGGCACCCCAGCAAUAGCAUAUGCCAGCACUCCUCGGGUCAGCAAGUCUGCUCGUGGCCUGCCCUGGUGGUGUGUCCUGGUGGGCUGGCUCCUGGUGGCGACCACCAGCGGGGUGGCGGCCUUCUUCACUAUGCUCUACGGCCUGCACUACGGAAGGGCCAGCUCUCUCAGGUGGCUCAUGUCCAUGGCUGUGUCCUUUGUGGAGAGCGUGUUCAUCACCCAGCCCCUGAAGGUCCUGGGCUUCUCUGCUUUCUUUGCGCUGGUCUUGAAGAGAGAGGAUGAUGAAGAGACUUUGCCCUCGUUGCCAGGACAUCUGUCUGGUCCAGGCCCCUCUGCUUUGUUCCGAACUCGAAGACGCAGCAGCAAGAAUGCUUACCAGCCUCCUCUCGCCGCUGCCGUCGAAAAGAUGAAAACCACUCGCCUCAAGGAGCAGAAAGCGUUCGCUCUCAUCAGAGAAAUCCUGGCUUACCUGGGCUUCCUGUGGAUGCUGCUGCUCGUGGCCUAUGGGCAAAGGGACCCCAGUGCUUACCACUUCAACAGACAUCUGGAGCACAGCUUCACUCAAGGCUUCUCAGCUGUGCUGGGUUUCAGAGAGUUCUUCGAAUGGGCCAACACCACUCUUGUGAAGAACCUAUAUGGUCAUCACCCAGGCUUUGUCACUGAUGGGAACUCCAAGUUGGUUGGCAGUGCCCACAUUCGCCAAGUGAGGGUCCGGGAAGGCUCUUGCCCUGUUGCCCAGCAGCUACAGGCUUCUUUUGAUGGAUGCCAUGCACCAUACUCCCUGGAUGUUGAAGACCUGGCAGACUAUGGAGAAGGCUGGAAUGCCUCUGCCCACAAUAACAGCAAUGGCUUCCCUUGGGUGUGGCAAUACCAGAGCCAGAGCCAACGCCAGGGUUAUCCCAUGUGGGGCAAACUUACCAUGUACGGGGGAGGAGGCUAUGUGGUCACCUUGGGAGCUGAUCGCCAAAGUGCCUCAAGGAUUCUCCAGUAUCUCUUCGACAACAGCUGGCUGGACACCCUGACCAGAGCCGUGUUUGUGGAAUUCACUGUCUACAAUGCCAACGUCAACCUGUUCUGCAUUGUCACGCUCACACUGGAGAAUAGUGGCCUGGGUACCUUCUUCUCACACGCGACCCUGCAAAGCCUGCGGCUAUACCUCUUCACAGAUGGCUGGCACCCCUUCGUGGUAGCAGCUGAGCUCAUUUACUUCCUCUUCCUCUUCUACUACAUGGUGGUGCAGGGUAAGCUCAUGAGGAAGCAGAAGUGGGGUUACUUUUGCAGCAAGUGGAAUCUUCUCGAACUGACCAUCAUCCUCACCAGCUGGAGUGCCCUGGUGGUGUUUGUGAAGAGGGCAAUCCUGGCAGAUCGUGACCUCCAGCACUUCCGGAAGCACAGGGGCGAGGGGAUCAGUUUCAGUGAGACAGCAGCAACUGAUGCUGUGCUUGGUUACAUCAUUGCCUUCCUGGUCCUGCUGUCCACAGUGAAGCUUUGGCACCUGCUCCGCUUGAAUCCCAAAAUGAACAUGAUCACAUCAGCACUACGCCGGGCCUGGGGUGACAUUUCAGGCUUUGUCACCGUCAUCCUUAUUAUGCUCCUGGCUUAUUCCAUUGCAUCGAACUUAAUAUUUGGUUGGAAACUCUGUUCCUACAAAACCCUCUUUGAUGCAGCGGAGACAAUGAUCAGCCUGCAGCUGGGGAUCUUCAACUACGAAGAGGUCCUGGACUACAGCCCAGUUCUUGGCUCCUUCCUCAUUGGCUCCUGCAUAGUUUUUAUGACAUUUGUGGUACUGAAUCUGUUUAUCUCUGUCAUUCUGGUGGCCUUCAGUGAGGAACAAAAAUAUGACCAGCUGUCAGAGGAAGGAGAGAUUGCGGAAUUGCUCCUGAUGAAAAUCCUCAGCUUUUUGGGUGUCAGAUAUAAAAGGGAAGAGCCUCAGAGCAGCAAUGAGCAGCCAGAGCCAUCCUCCCAGGCUCUCUCCCCUCAACCAGCACAAACUUUGCCCCGGAUUUAAACUGUAUAACCACAUGUGGGAGAAGGCCAGAGCGUCCAGCCUGCACUUGCCAAUAGUGACUCUGGAGUCUCACGGGAGGACUGCUUUGCUUUCUAUAGAGGAGUUCUGGAACUCCGGUAGUAAAAUAGUCACAAUACAUACAUUUAUAAUGGUGUCACCGUGUGAGAGCCUGCUUGUUCAAAUGUAUUUCCUCCUAGAAAUAAAACACACAUGUGUGGAAAAGAAUAUUCUCUUCGGAACGAUUAAUUCACCAGUUUGAUCAUUGAUAGUUGCCUUUGAAUGAUUCCCAAAACUUCUCCAAAUGCUAAUAGGUGUCCUGUUAGCUUUCUGGGACCAAGAAUGACAAAUUGAGCGACUUAAAAAUCAGGAAGAGUGCUGGGCGGUGGUGGUACACGCCUUUAAUCCCAGCAUUCGGGAGGCAGAGGCAGAUGGAUCUCUGUAAAUUCGUGGCCAGCCUGGUCUACUGAGUGAGUUUCAGAACAGCCAGGAACCUUGUCUCAGAAAACCAAAAACCAAGCCAAAACAAACAAACAAAAACCACAAACCAGGAGGAGCACUAUUACUCUCUAGGGUUUUGUUUUUGUUUUGUUUCCUUGAGAUAAGAUUUCUCUGUAUAACCCUGGAUGUCCCGGAACUCUCUUUGUAGAUCAGGCUGACCUUGAACUCAGAGAUCAGCCUGCCUCUGCCUCCAAAUGCUGGGAUCAAAGUUGUGCACUACCACAUCCAGCUCCUCUGGGGUCCCCCACCACACACAGGGUUUCUUUGUGUAGUUUUGGUGCCUUUCCUGGAACUCUCUCGGUAGCCCAGGCUGGCCUUGAACUCACAGAGAUCCUCCUGUCUCUGCCUCCUGAGUGCUGGAAUUAAAGGCGUGUGCCACCACCGCCCGGUCUUGAUUGGUUUUGUUUUCACUGCUAAAUAAUUAAGUAGCAGGAAGCAGUCUCUACAGGUGGCAUCUGAGAACUCUUGAACACAGCAAACAGGAGCAAACAGAAAUCAGCAGUUGAAGAAAGGCUUUUUAUUGGGGUUGGGGAGGGGGACACAGGCAUGCAGCAAAAGCACAGAAAAAAAAAAGACCCUUUGUAAAGCAGAGGGGGGAUUCCAGUCUCUUCUGGAGGGCUGUUUAUUGUUGUUUGCUUUUGUCUCUGAAGCGGCUUCCCUGUAAGGGUUGGUCAGUUUGAAGAAAGCCAGGCUGACUGGUUGGCCCACAACUGCUGUGUCAAUGAAUCCUGAUGUGGCCUUGAACUUACUGAGCCAGUCCUUGCGCAGGGGGCCCUGCUGGCAGGAGAGAAAGCCCACAAGGCCUUUAAGUUGCCAGCCUUUUGUCUCAGGUCAGGAGGGUGAGGAAGAGGAUGGCCACCGUGGAAGCUAACCACCUUUGUUAUCCCUGUCUGCCUACGAGGGAGUCUGUCUCGCUCCUACCUCCUCCUCACCAGCAGCCAGGAGUGAGCAUCCAGCACAGCUUCUAGUAUGUCUUGCCCCUCCCUCUUUCCCGAAUCCACUGUAGAGACCCUGGGGGUUCCCUGCCCCAGACCCAUCCCAUGCUUUCCUCUUGACUAAGGGAAACUGACCCUUUUUCAGGGAGCCCUCUCCCCCUUCUCCCACAGGACUUCUGCAGCCACCACAAGGUAAAUCCUGGUUUGUCUUGGUUAUGGCAACCCAUUUCCCUUGACAGUGAAGAGUUUAGAGAAGCCAGGUUGAUGCUGGUAAGGAAUGGAGGUCUCUGACUUGAUAAUCAACCCUGAGGAUGGACAACUCCUACUUUCUAGCUAGAUAUUAAAAAUCUUAGGGGGCUGAGGAGUCAGUGGUUAAGAGUGCUUGCUGCUCUUGCAGAGGACCCAGGUUCAUUCAGCAGCUGUGAUCACAGAUAGUACUAGGCCCACAUAAACUGCAUGAUUCUCUCUUUCCCUUGGGGCUAAGAGUCUCUGACCCAGUUGGGAUCUGUAAACUGAUAAAGCGGCUGGGUUAUUUUCAGCAUUUAAAAAUGCAUACAAGGCUGGGCGGUGGUAGCACACGCCUUUAAUCCCAGCACUCAGGAGGCUGAGGCAGGCGGAUCUCUGAGUUCAAGGCCAGCCUAGUCUACAAAGUGAGUUCCAGGACAGCAAGGACUAAACAGAGAAACCAAACAACCAAACAACCAAAAAGCCAAAAAACCGCAUAUGAUCUGUGUCAGAGUGACUUUGUCCAAUGCCUAGCACUGACUGGUCUUCAGAUGAAAUGAAUCCCCUUGGGAGUGACCUUGUGCAGAUAGGCCUAACUGUAUGCUUUAAAGGGCCUAGCGGCACCUCAUCUUCCCUAGGACUUUUUGGCUUAAUGGCAUGAUACUGCGUUAGCCCAGCAAAGCCAUCCUUGCUGGAGUCUUUCCCUGGCCACUGAGGUGAUGCAGUUUAGGGAAAUGCACAGACUGUUAACUCAGUAUUUCCAUUCCCAAGCUCACAGUCUUAGUGCGAG